AUGCGCGGUUUAGAUGCGUACAACGAAUGGAACGACACAAAUUUCCGGAGAGCCGAGAAAAUGUGGACCACUGCUGCACUGCUUUCUGAUCUCGGCCUAAGUCCAAUGUACGGUCAUCAUCCCUUCCAGCACCAGCAGAGAUUCUUAGCCCAGGACCCAGAGGGUGAAGAGUCCUCGCGGGCAGCCUGGACCUUUCCAGAUGAGACGCCGCUACCAACCUUUCGGUCGUUUGAUCUGCCUCCAGGACGGGAUACGACUCGUUCUUCACCAGUCUGGACCCCACCCUCUCCUUCACCGCAAACCGAAUCAGCAAAAGCCUGGUGUCUUAGCAUAGACUACCGCUCAUGGUUACCUCGACAUACGGACAUUUUUCAGCGCUCAAGCACAAGUGUCAGUCUGAACCGCGAACCAUCCUCUUAUAGCUUUGUGAACUUCAAACAAUGGCGACGGCUGGGGUUGGUCAUCUGGGAUGCGUGGCGCAUGCAUCGCAUUGGACUGUUUGAAGGACCCCCUCGGAGACCUGACGAAGUAAUCCCAACUCCGGAUGGGGGAUUCCUGCCUGUCCUGCCUAGAGACCCGGAAGAAAGGACAAGGAUCCCGCGCGUUGAUUAUCCGGCGCGCUGGUUGACACUCAUAGGAGAGAAGCCGCCGUAUGAACGCCGACGGGGCAUGAUUGGUGGUCGUUGGGUGGACUAUAUUCCGUGA